AUGGCGAGGGCAAAGCACAAAACUACCAAAUUUGUGUUUAUAUUGGUUGCCCUUUUGGGAGCGUUUUUUAUUGUAGAUCUUCUAUGGGCUUCCUCUUCCUCUGCUUCGCAAGCAGUAGCAUCCAAUUGGGCUUUUCAAAAUUCUCACGCUUUUAUCAUUCCUAACGUUGUUCAUUCUAACAAUAACACUGUUUCCGCCCCAGUUAAGGAGAAAGCUAAGCAAGAUAAAAAAGGAGUGGUUCCUGAGAGGGUCUUAUCGGCAACUUUUGCUGAUUUGCCUGGCCCAGAGUUAAAAUGGGAAAAAAUGUCAACAGCACCAGUGCCUCGUCUUGAUGGUGCAGCCAUUCAAAUCAAGAAUCUUCUUUAUGUAUUUGCUGGAUAUGGAACAAUUGAUUAUGUUCAUUCUCACGUUGAUAUUUACAAUUUCACGGAUAACACAUGGGGAGAAAGGUUUGAUAUGCCAAAGGAAAUGGCACAUUCACAUUUAGGUAUGGUUACGGAUGGGAGAUAUAUUUACGUAGUUACAGGACAAUAUGGUCCUCAAUGUAGAGGACCUACAGCACGCACAUUUGUAUUGGACACAUCGACAAAGCAAUGGCAGGACUUUCCUCCUCUGCCCGUUCCAAGAUAUGCACCUGCAACCCAGCUUUGGCAAGGCAGACUCCAUGUGAUGGGUGGCAGCAAAGAGAACCGGCAUACACCUGGAUUAGAGCACUGGAGUAUUGCUGUGAAAGAUGGCAAAGCUUUAGAAAAGGACUGGAGAACGGAGAUCCCCAUACCCCGUGGUGGACCGCACAGGGCUUGUGUUGUGGUUAAUGAUCGUUUGUAUGUUAUUGGCGGUCAGGAGGGUGAUUUCAUGGCUAAACCAGGAUCUCCCAUUUUUAAGUGCUCCCGUAGAAAUGAGGUUGUAUAUGAUGAUGUUUACAUGCUAGAUGAUGAUAUGAAAUGGAAAGUACUGCCUCAUAUGCCAAAGCCCGAUUCUCACAUUGAGUUUGCGUGGGCAAUUGUUAACAAUUCUAUUGUUAUUGUUGGAGGCACCACAGAGAAGCAUCCUGUAACAAAAAAGAUGACACUUGUUGGAGAAAUUUUCCAGUUCCAAUUGGAAACUCAGAAAUGGUCAGUGAUUGGAAAACUUCCAUAUCGGGUGAAAACCACUCUAGUUGGAUUUUGGAAUGGAAUGUUGUAUUUUACAUCGGGGCAACGAGACAAAGGCCCAGAUGACCCGGCACCAAGAAAGGUCAUCGGAGAAAUGUGGAGAACAAAACUGAGCUUAUGA